AAGUCCUAAGCUGAGUUUAUGACUUAUCAGCUUGCAGCUAACCCCUUAGAGUAAAAAAUUCCUGGGUUUUGCUUCGGAGAAUGAGCAGAGAGUGAAUCUAACGACAAUAGCCGUAACUUCAGCACAUUAAGUAGAGCAUACGACGGCGAGGUCGAUAAGCUUGCUGUAAGCUCAAGUAAUUACGAAUAGUAGUGCAACUGGCGCACGGUCAUCUCUUACAUAUUCAAGCAAAUAGAAGCUUUAAGCUCUUUCAAAAAGUAAAAUAAGACUUACAAAAGAUGUUAAGGAUGGUUUAUGAUAGUUAGUCAAAGCCUAUAUUUAUUUAGGAAGCAAGAAAAUCGAGGAUUAAGCCGAACUCCAAGGCCUAGUUUAAGUUAGACAUUUUCACGUUUCCAUAUAAAGAGGCCUCUCUGAACAUUCUAAACCGUCCAAGAAUAUCCCCCAUUUUCUGCUGUAAGCAUCUAAUAAUCAACAGAGGGAAGACACAUUAAGAGAAGCAUCUUCGGGCUGUGAUCGCGUCUUGAAGACGAUGGAGGUAGGAAAGCCGUUGAUCUUGAUGGCUAUCCUUGCGGUUCUGGUCUCGCUGGGGGCGUCCGUGGUCCAAGGGGCGACUGACAAACCGACGACUCCUGACCCCAAUUCGACAAAGUACGUGAUGCUAAGAACAUUGUCUUCCGGCCAGGAGCGAGCGUUUUGUGUGGCGUCCGGCAAGUGUCGCCUCAAGACGCUCACCUGCCCUGCUCAGUGCCCGCAGAGGAAGCCUAAGAAGAACAGGAAGCAUAAGGGUUGCUACAUUGACUGCAGCAGCAGCAAGUGUGAAGCCACUUGCAGAUAUAGAAAAGCCAACUGCCAUGGAUAUGGCUCUCUCUGUUAUGACCCUCGGUUCAUCGGCGGCGAUGGCGUGAUGUUCUACUUCCAUGGGGCAACCGGAGGGAACUUUUCGCUCGUCUCCGAUGACAACCUCCACAUCAAUGCCCACUUCAUCGGGACCCGCCCUAAGGGACGGACACGCGACUUCACGUGGGUGCAAGCCCUCGCGAUCAUUUUUGACAAGCACACCCUCGUCAUCGAAGCGAAGAGAGUCUCGCACUGGGACGAUGAAGUAGACGCUCUCAACAUCACUUGGGACAAUAAGGCGGUCCAAGUCCCCACCGACGGAGAGGCCGAGUGGAGGCAUGAAGGCGAGGACAGGACAGUGAUAGUCGAAAGGACCGAUGAUACUAACUCCGUGAGGGUGACAUUGAGUGGAUUGCUCGAAAUGGACGUAAGGGUAGUGCCGAUUGGCGAAGAAGAGAACCGGGUCCACAACUAUCAAAUACCGAAGGACGACGCGUUCGCUCACUUGGAGACACAGUUCAGGUUUUCUAAUCUGUCGGACCUUGUCGAAGGAGUUCUGGGCAAGACUUACAGGCCAAACUAUGCGAGCCCUGUGAAGGUCGGCGUUCCGAUGCCGAUGAUGGGGGGUGAGGACAAGUACCAAGCACCAUCUCUUUUGUCACCUCUCUGCAAAGUCUGCAGGUUCAAGGGACCAACUGGGUAUGCUAUGGGUGUUGCUCAGUACUAACCAUGCUGAUAACAAGAAAAAGAUCGUUCCUUUUUUCUCAUUUCAAUCAAAGUAGACGUCUGUGUUUGUAUCUUCGUUUAGGGGGGUUCUUCUGCUUUGUGCUUGAAUGAUUUGUGCGUGUACAAAAUAAGGGACAAAUUGGCCCAUCAUGUCGUGUUCUGCUGAAAACUUAUCUUCGUUUGGUAA